CAAUAAAAGCCCAAAAACAGGCCAUUAGCUAACGAAUCCAUCGAUCCCAAAAAGCACGCUCUUCUUCCUUGUGUAAGCGGCGCCGGCAAGAAGCUAAGGCCAGUCCACCUCGGAUCUCUCGUCUCUGCCUUCCAUCGAUAACAAUCUAUCUUUCAUGUUUCACUUCUUCUUUCAUCAAAGAUUUUGAUGGCGUCAAAAUUGCAGCAGUUGCAAUCUCAGGCGUGCCAAGCUUCAAAGUUUGUGGCGAAGCACGGAACUGCUUACUACAAGCAGUUGUUGGAGCAGAACAAGCAAUACAUUCAAGAGCCGCCGACAGUGGAGAAGUGCAACGAGUUGGCUAAGCAACUCUUUUACACUCGCCUUGCUAGUAUCCCAGGUCGUACAGAGUCAUUCUGGAAGGAGCUCGAUUAUGUCAAGCAACUAUGGAAGAACAGGAAAGAGCUGAAGGUCGAAGAUGCCGGUAUUGCCGCUUUGUUUGGAAUGGAGUGCUUUGCAUGGUAUUGCGCAGGUGAGAUAGUGGGAAGGGGUUUUACUUUCACCGGUUACUAUGUUUAAGGGGAGUUUGGAUGUUUUUUCGCCAUUGCACGAUUGAAUUACGGCCACACUGGGUGUGCAUUUUUGUUGUUUUCAGAGAUUUUUGAAGCUGAGAAAUCAGUGAAUUAACACUCGGUAUAGCCUGAAUAAGUUGUUAUAGUUGAAAGUUGAAACGGCUUAGGUUGAUAAUAA